AUGACUGUGGAUGAAUUUGAUCCUCUGAUCACCAGUGUUGCGAGGCAGGCGUCGACUGGACAGGUCCUCCGUCUGCCAUGGCACACUCGGCCUAUUGCUUUGGGGUCAUUCUUCAAUGUGAAAACGGCAUCAAAAUCAAAGCUUGACCCGUUCUCGCGUGAGUCCGCCUUCGACGUCGAGUCACUGCGCAAAUCACACAUCAACUUUGAGCCAUUUGACGGCGACGCGUCUUACAAGUCCAGUGAAUCUACAUCUUCAUCAACCUCUGCUGAUCAUCUCAGCGUUGGUGUUGGGGUUGGGAUAUCUUGUUUUGUUGUCUCUGCGAGUGUCUCUUGGUUCUUGCAUCAGGCUUCAAAAACAUCAGUCAUGACAACUUACCGAGCUGGGUCCGUUACCUUCACACGGCCCCCAAAGCUAUCGGAAGGCGCCUUGCAAACUCUCAAGUACAAUGGCGGACUGACCGCCUUCAAGGAACGUUGGGGUGACUACUACGUCGCGGGUUACAGAAUCGGUGGCGAUGCUGGUGUCAUGAUGAGUCUUGGCUCCAGCAGCAAGACUGUCUCUGAAAGUAUCACAAUUUGUAUCAAAGUCGAAAUCUUGUUCUUUUCUUUUGAGGAUAGCUGGUCCAAAAGCUGGUCGUCGGCGGAAUCAGACCUGCGAGUCACCUUGUCUUGUUUCUCAACGGUUGAACAAGCCAAGAUCCAAGAACAGCGACAGAUGGGGGAUCCGAAGCUGUACAGUUUCAUUCAAGAAGCUCGGGGUAUACACAACCGAGCCCAAGGGUUGGUCGAUACUAUACAGCGGAAACUUGAUCAUCUUGGGAUUUCGAAGGAUAAACAUGUCACUACAGAGCAAUGUGUGGGACUAUGUCAGUCCGGUGUGGUGGUGGAGUUAUUGUUGUUUCCGGUUGAGAGUCUUAGGGAGUUGCAGUAUUGGAAAACUGACCAGAAUGUGAUUUGUAUGUAA